UUUUACUAACUGUAUAACUUGCCAAUCACGGCAUCGACAAUAACAAGGCAGUGGAAGGCGACACCAGUCACCCAAACACCAAGUUUAGUCCGUGUUUUGUUUCUAGUCAACACGGGGCUACGUCAAGUCAAUACGGCUAAGAAGAGUAACACCGGAAGUUUCACGAUUAGUUUCAAAAUACUUUACGUUAUAUCGCAAAUACACGAGCCUCAUUCAUGGAAAUCCUCCCAAUCCCAAAGCGUUCACCGGAAGUUGAUUGUAUGCAGUGUUUAUUUGAUCUCUUGCCUAAACUCUGCUGAGUUUAACAGUAUCAUAGCGAACACUAACCUAACAUAAACAGUAACAGCAGGCAUGAACCCGUGGUUUAGAGACACCGAUGAGACGGUUAUGGUCGAGAGGCUGAAGCAGAAAUAUCUGGAGAGGAGGAAACAGAUGGCACCGUCAGAGGACAUGACUCCAGCAGCCAGUGAUGUGAAGUGCACUUCGCAGGAGGCCCACAGAGAGGCUGUACAAAGGCUCAUUUGUGCCAACGGAUCCAAACGGCCAAGCAAAGUGUUGAAAAGCUAUGACAAAGCAUUACAUGAACUGUUCAAAGCAGUUACCCACCAUCCUGACCAGUUUGCCAGUGAUUGUAGUCUGCAAGGCAGUGAUGAAGAUCUGAGUGGAGACUCUGUUACCGCUGCUCCUCUUCAGGACUCUCAGCUGCUGUUUACAGAAACAGAUGUGACCUUGCCUUCCUGUCUGCAUGGUAGCCCUGGGUCCUUGGAAACUGAGACUGGCGGGAGGUUGCAGAGAGUUCGACAGCUCCGUGACUCGUGCCGUUCCUCUCCCUUAGUACUAGCAGAGGUGUAUCAAGAGAUGAUGACAAUCUACGAACAACUAAAAGCAGAGCGACAAAGUCAGCAGCAGUGGGAGAGGGAGCUGCAAGAGCGGGAGGUGAAGCUGAAGCAGCAGGAGGAGGCUUUUGGGAGACUUACCGGACUGGAGGAGAUGCUGCACACUCGGAUACUAGCGGUGGAGGAGAAACACCAGCGAGAGGUGAGCCAACUGCAGGAUCUUGUACGUGAGAGGAACAAGGAGAACAGGAGGCUCAAAUCCAGCUUCGACACCAUCAAGGAGCUGAACGACAACAUGAAGAAACAGUUGAAUAAGAUCAGUGAACAGAAUAAGAAGCUGGAGAGCCAGUCCAGGAGGGUGCAGGCUCGACUUGAGAACCUACAGAGAAAAUACGAGCAGAGCAUCACAUCAGGAGGCUGUCAGAAAAUGAGUGUUAAGAGCACAGAGUGUAUUAAAUCAACCAAAAUGGAGAAAAUUGCUGCCUCUGGAAAACCCAACAAGAAGGGCAGUUCUAGUCCUGCUCCUCCAAAGCUCCUGACUCUUCUGAUUGACUGGAUCCUUGAUGGACAGACGUUCUCAUCGGUAGCAGCAAACCGAAUGAAAGGAAUGAGCCAGUGUCUUCCUCCAGAGGUCCUUCUCAAUGAGAGAUGCCUUAAGGUGCUGCCACUACUAGCAGAUCAGCUUCAUCUCACUCCUACGACAGAACCUGACCUCCUCCUACACCUUCUUCGCCUCAUCCACUGGGCUUUGAGACAUAUGGAUAGCAGUGCACAGCAUGUAGCACUAUCUGCCACUCUGCGGCGGAUAGGAGAGGAGGUAUCAAAGCCACCAGCAGAGUUAACGGUGGCGACAUAUGAUGAUCCAAAGUCCUGCGGUGGGGCUGUGGGUGGAGUCUGCAGGAGCUGGCCCCUUUACCGCAGCCCGUGUCCUCACACACGCCUCCUCUGCACCCUCAUCAUCCUCCGUACUGUCACACAAGCUGAUGUGCUGGCCCAGGCUCUGGACAGUCUCCAUACCGAGCUGAUGUCUGAGGAGGGCCGAGGCCUAUUCAUCCACUAUGGAGGAGUGUGUGUGCUGCUGUGGAUGAUUCGUGCUGGCCGUGGAGGUCUGAACACACCCGUAGACAUCCUGAUGCAGCUAACUGAACAGUCCCGCUACCUAAAUCCCUUCUUGGAUGCGUGUAGCUGUGAGGAGUUUUUCCGAACAGCCUCUCAGCUCCUUAAAAAUCCUCGUCUGGAGCUCCCAUCGCUGGAGAAGCUGUCCAUCCUUCUGCAGAAGCUCUCAAGUAUAAGGAAGAACCGGCGUCUGUUUGAACUGUCCUCCCUCCACCUUCAGAUACAAGAACUUAAUCACAAAACCAACCACACGCACACCUUCCUCUGCCUCAACCUCAGGUCCAUCCUGCACAACCUUAAAUAACACUCACUCACAUCUGUUUCUCUGCCUGAUGUUGGAUUGAAGGUCUCUGUAUAAAAUCAGACUUUUUUUGCUUGUUUAAAGAUGACUCGCCUUGUAUUUCAGUCCUUCAGCAGGUUGUCGGUCUUUCAUAUGGGCGCAUACUGUAAUUACUAUAUUUCCAACUGUUCAGUACUUCAAGGCUCCAUCCUACCUCAAAUGAUACACAGACACACAUCCCUUAUUUAUUUAUUAGUAUGCUUUUGAAGUUCUUUUGUCCGUCAAAUGCGCUUUUUUACUGUUGUGUAUGUUUUGGUCUUUGUGACCUUACUGUUUUUUAUUUAGUCUUUUCUCCCUCUGCAUUAACCCUCCCCAUUUGUUUUUAAAUGAGUGUCAUGCUUGCCAAGUGGCCUUAAUGGGUGUCUGAUGUGCUCAGAGGAAGAGACGCUGUGACUGUGAAGCUGACUGUGAAGCUUUUUAAUGGCAAUAAACAAAAAGAACUGAAGGACGUUACGAUUGGACUGCAUAUGAAAUGCUGAAAUCCAUAUGUUUUGUAUAAACAUGUCUUAUUUGUUUGUUCCAGAGCAUGGGUGGGUUAUGGGACUAAUGGUCUCAGCAUGGGACACGUUGGUGGGGAUGGUUGAUGGAGGAGAUUGGUCGGACUGGAACAAUUACAGCCAAUGUUCAAAAUGCACUCGUUGAGAAGCCCUCAGAAGUGCUGUGCUGCUCUGAAUUUGAAAGCGCUGCAUCCAGUUUUUAAAGUGUCCAGAUUCCUGAAGUAAGUCCACGUUUGGUAUUCUGCGAAACUGUUGAGGUCUCGGUUCAAAGAAAGUGAGUUUGAAAACCUUGCUGGAACAAUGUGUCUUUGGAUCUUUGGAUCAAAUGUAGAAUAUAGAGCAAGUGUGAAUUAGUAUAGAAUGAAUUGAACUAAUGUUUCUUUAUAUGUUUUAGACACGUUUAUUGAUAACAAGAAAAAAUAAAAACUGCAAUACUUUA